AUGGAUCCAGAGCACAGUGCCCAGGAUGUUAUCCGAUGUGACCUUUGUGAGACCGCCGUGGUACAGAUGCACUCAUUUGAAUCAUUAGCAGUUGACAUAGAAACUCAGAUGACCAGUUUAGAUGAGGAUUACGGGAAUCUUACAGCACUAGUGACGCAACACGGAGAAGAAUGGCACAAAGAAAUUGAAAGAAUCGUUGAGGAAAUGAAAAAUGAAAUUGAUGAGAUGAAAGGCAAACAUAAGAGCAUUCUAAAACAGCACCUUGACGAAAUCAAGAAUGUACAGUCUUUUAUGGACCAAACACUGCUCACUCUAAAGGAAAUUGAAGAAUCAAAUAAAGUGUCCCUGGCUUUAGAAUACUCCUCCAAGAUCACUGAAUUCAGGAAACUUCCUCCCAAAGUUAAAAUAUCAUUACCAACCUUUAAUACAGGAAAUAUAAACAGAAAAAAGAAUCACCGGUUAUUUGGAUCUUUAUCAUCUUUAUCCAUUAAAAGAGAAGAAGGCUUCAUACUGGAGAAAAAGGAGGUCACAGCUACUGAUAAAGAACUAUUGGAAGUUCCAGAAGCCAUUACGUCUAUUAGUAUUGGGUUCGGACAAAAAGACCAUCAAAACAAAAUCAGGCAAAUUUUAACAUGGACAGGAGAUGGGGACCUAGUUUACUCUGAGAGGACCAAAAGGACUGUGAAUAAAGUAAGUAGUGGGCAGAUAGAGGAGAUAAUCAGACUAAAGGGCUGGGUACCUGAACACCUCUGUGUCACCUCCUCUGGUGAGCUCCUGGUUACUAUGUACAGUGAGGAUGAAACACAAUACAAAGUUGUUCGCUACUCAAACUCCAAAGAGAAGCAAACAAUCCAGUUUGAUGAAAACGGUAAACCUCUGUAUUCAGGAAUUGGCUACACUAAAUAUAUAUGUGAAAACAGAAACCUGGAUAUGUGUGUGGCUGACUAUAGGGCAGGUGUUGUAGUUGUAGUCGAUCAGGCUGGUAAACUCAGGUUCAGAUACACUGGCCAUAGCUCUACUACGAAGAAACAGCCAUUCAAGCCAUUGGGAAUCACAACAGACAGUCAGUGUCAGAUCUUGACAUCAGACUGUCAAAAUAAUUAUAUUCACAUCAUUGACCAGAACGGAAGGUUCCUCUGUUAUAUACAUAACUGUGAUUUAAAUUCCCCUACCGUUUUGUGUGUUGACAAAAAUGAUAAUCUCUUUGUCACUACGUUAGGCUCUGGAAAUGUCAUAAAGAUCAAAUAUCUCAGAUAG